AUGUCGCUCAAGUUUGAACGCUCUGUACUUGUUACUGGCGGCACUUCUGGCCUGGGCUACGAAUGUGCAUUGGACAUCGCCCGCAAACACCCAGAGUAUCAGAUCAUCAUUGCCUCGAGAUCAGAUGCAAACUCCGCAGCCAAUACAAUCAACAAGACUCUCAACCAGAACAAUGUUCAAUAUCUUCCCCUCGAUUUGCUCCAACUGGCCAAGGUCCGUUCAUUUGCCUCAGAUUGGAAGUCCCAUAACUUCCCACCGAUACAAUCAAUGGUUCUGAACGCAGCCUUGCAAUUCCCGGGAGCUGUCGAAUACUCCGAUGACGGAUUUGAAAAGACGUUUGCCGUCAGCCACAUUGGCCAUGCUCUCCUCCUAUCCCUUUUGCAACCUUGCCUCGCCGAUACCUCCCGCAUCGUCAUCGUAUCGAGUGGAACGCAUGAUCCUCUGCAAAAUUCAGGCAUGCCCGACGCCAUCUACAACUCUGCUGAAGAGCUUGCUCAUCCUACCCCGGAAUCGGCAAAGGCAAAUGGUCGCCAGCACUAUAGUAGCACCAAGUUGGCCAACGUCCUUUACACCUACGCUCUAGAUCGCCGUUUCGAGGCCAUCAACAAGAAAUAUGGAAAGAAGUGGACAGUCACUGCAUUUGAUCCUGGUCUGAUGCCCGGCACGGGACUGGCGAGGAAAGCAAGCGCCGUUGAGAAAUUCCUUUGGUCGCGGGUUUUACCUCACAUUCUGCCGCUUUUGCGCCUCUUGAUCUCUCCUAAUGUUCAUACCGUGCAGGAAUCUGGGCAAGCACUGGCGAGACUGGCGGUUGGUUUGGACGUUGAGGGAUCUAGCGCUGUCUACUAUGAGGGCAUAAAGGUUAUCGAGUCUAGCAAAGUGAGCCAUGAUCAGACGAAACAAGAGGAUUUGUGGGAAUGGACAGUCGGUACUUUGGCUUCUGGGGCUAAGGAGAAGGCCUCGUUCGAGUUCAUUGAUCUUGUGUAA